AUGAGUUCCAUCGAAUCUCAAGAGUACCUCAAGGCCAUCCUCAGAGACAAGACAGACAGCAGCGAGACAAGCAACAACAAAACAACGAACAACACAAUGUCCGGCUCCUUCUACGAAUCAGCUUUUGUCAUUCCCCACAUGCAGGCGUCUGCCAUGCCUCGCCGGCCCCGCCAGCCUGCUCCGGCACCGCGGGCCACCGUUGGUGCCAUGUCCUCAGAGUCAACUCUCGUCGACAAGGAUGGCGUUCCAGUCAUGUCCAAGGAGAAGAAUGAGGCCAAUGGUGACAUCGCUGGUUCGUCAUCAUCAAGCAAGAAUCUUCUCAAGCGUCUUUUGAAGAAGGCUUGA